AAUACACAAUUCGCCCCGCAACAUUUGAUCUCUUUACCCAAACCUUCCUCUUUAAAGAAAUUUACAGGAAUACAUGUGUAGUUGAAGUUUUUCAGCCUGUUGCAUGAGUUCAGCAACUUGCAAAGAAGAUCCUUAACUUGCAAAUGCAGUCGUUUCAUUCUUUUCUUAGGCAGAGCUUGCUCUCCUUUUGUCAGCCCUUUUAUAUAAUAAAACCUUCUUUUCCUGCUUGAGCUUCGAUCUUGUAGUCAUCGAUCAAACCUCCAAGAUGGGUUCAGUCUCUUUUCCUGCUCCUGUAUACAACCACCAGGCAGCAACCUCAAACCCAGUUCUACUCAUUUCCCAAGAAAGAACUCACCAUCAACCUUCCCGUCAUCAGAAUCUUCGUGGAAUAACUUUUGUUUCUGGCAAGUUUCAGUCCCGACAUGUAAAGCAAUCCCUAAUUCCGGCGAGUUAUCCUACACGACGGAGAGGCCUGUCUGUAGUGCCACUAGAUGCCAAGACAAAGAGUUCAGAUCCAGGAGGAGAGGAAGAUUCGGGAGCCCUGGAGACAGUUCUCAAGCUUUACUCGGCGAUCAAGAACCAAAACGUACGCGAGUUAUCUGAUAUCAUUGACGAUGAAUGCCGAUGCAUCUGCAAUUUCUUCUCAUCUUUCCAACCUUUGCAAGGAAAAAAGCAAGUGCUUGAAUUUUUUGCAUCUUUGAUCAAGUUUUUGGGAGAUCACAUCGAGUUUGUGGUGCAACCAACAUUGCAUGAUGGGAUGGUUGUUGGUAUCCAUUGGAGAUUAGAGUGGAAUAAAGCUCAUAUGCCUUUGGGAAAGGGUUUCAGCUUCUACACUUGCCAAAUCUACCAUGGAAGAGUGGUGAUAAGGAAUGUGGAAAUGUUCAUGGAACCACUCCUUCAUAUGGAGCCUUUCAGGGUAAAAACAAUGGUAUAUCUGACGACCAUGGUGGACAAGAUAAGCUUUGGCGUAUCAUCCAAAGCCUGGAAAAAGAAAGCCCUCUGUGCGUUACUAGGUCUAUUGUUUAUAUCUGCUAUUCUGCUUUUCUCAAAGCUGUAUUAGAUCCCCAAUACAAGGGUCCCGAGGAUGCUUCUUAUUCUUCUUUGGCUAUCAUUCAAUUGUUCUCUGACGUGCUUUUAUGGGCAAGAAUUUUGUAAUUGAAUUGCAUUAUAAAAUCUCUUCUACCUGUAAAAGUUAGAGCCAACAUUCCAAACCAUGUAACUAAGAUGCAUAAACUUGAGAAGUUAAAACAACUUAUAUUUCCAUUACAACUUCCUUCAGUUCAGUUUGAGGUUAGCAUUGGAAAGACAGGUCUACAACAAAAUAAACAAGUACACCUAGAUCCGGGCAAAUGGCAUAACUACAAAAUAUCCUUGCCAUUGGGCCCAUUCUACAUUUUCAUUCUGACCAUAAACAAGCAACUAGUGUAGAGCUUCUCAUCUAAAGAAGUCAAUGCACAAAAAACAUAAAAGAACAAG